UGGAAGAGGGGAGGGAUUGUAGCCUGGUGAGAGUGUCUUUCAGACCCGGCCUGCACUGAGUGCUGCUGCAGCUGAUCCGCCUUGUGUGAAUUUGGGAGCACGGACAUGGGAAUGAUACUCGGUUACUGGGAUAUCCGCGGGUUGGCCCAGCCAAUUCGCUUGCUCUUGGAAUAUACUGGAACAGCAUAUGAAGAGAAGUUCUAUUCAUGUGGAGAAGCUCCCAAUUAUGACAAAACGUGCUGGUUUGAUGUGAAAUACAAGCUUGGACUGGAUUUCCCAAAUCUCCCAUACUUAAUUAAUGGGGAUGUGAAAAUUACCCAGAGCAAUGCCAUCAUGCGUUAUAUUGCAAGGAAACAUGAUCUUGUGGGCGAGACCGAGGAUGAAAAGAUCCGUGUUGAUAUGAUGGAGAACCAGUCGAUGGAUUUCCGUAUGGGCUUUGUCCGACUUGCCUACAACCCUGAUUUUGAGAACCUGAAGAGUGAUUAUCUGAAAGGCCUGCCAAACCUAUUGAAGCAGUUCUCUGACUUUCUGGGGAAGAGACCUUGGUUUGCUGGUGACAAGAUUACUUUUGUGGAUUUCCUAAUGUAUGAACUCUUGGAUGAGCAUCGUGUGUUUGAAUUAAAGUGUUUGGAGGAGUUUCAAAACCUGAAGGAUUUUGUGGACCGUUUUGAGACUUUAGAGAAGAUCGCAGCGUAUAUGAAAUCUGACCGCUUUAUGAAGGGGCCAUUCAAUAAUAAAAUGGCCAAAUGGGGCCACAAGUAAUGAAGAAUUUGACAUUUUUCUCAGGCUACUGAAACCACAUCAGUAAAAAAAGGCUUUUUUUUGAAAACUUUUAAUUAAAGUUCAAAUGAAUUGUAAAAUA